AUGAGUUUGACUGAAUCACAUCUUAUUGGAAGUACUAGUAUUCCAUUACAAGAAACUACAUACCCAAAACACUUUUUAGAAAUAGUUGAAAAGAAUCCUAAUAAAGAAUGUUUUGUAUUUAGAUCUAGUCGAACUGGAGCAAAUAUUAGACAUACAUACUCACAGUUACUUCAUACAUUAAAUUGUGUAAUUCAAGGAUUUAAAAAUGAGAUUCAUAUGGAAUUACAUACAGUUGUUGCCAUUUAUCUUCCAAAUUGUUGUGAAUAUGUUUAUUCACAAUUAGCUGCAUUAUGUGGAGGUUAUAUAAUGAUGCCAUUAAAUCCAUUAUACACAAAACCACAACUUGAAAGAUUAUUACCAAGAGUAAAUCCAUCAGUAAUUAUCUCAUUAACAGCAAUGAAACAAAAUAUUCCAAGCGGUUACAACAUUUGUUUUGUUGAUCCUAACUUAGAAGAAGAUCCUUCAAAUAAAAUUUAUUCUUUGAAAAAAUUUCUUUCUUCUCCUUGUGAAAGAGACUACGUAAAGGAAGUUUCAGAAAUUUUAAAACCAAGUGAUGUUUCAUUUUAUGGAUGUACUUCUGGAUCAACAGGAGAACCUAAAAUUUGUACUUAUACUCAUUUUGCAAUGAUUAAUCCAUUCAUUACUAUUGAUCAUACUACAAAUACUCCAGUAGAAAGAAGAAGAGCUCUUUGUUUUACACCAUUAUUUACUACAGCAGCACAUUUCCAAAUUGAUGCUAUUUUUGCUGCAGGAGCAACUGUAGUUGUUUGUGAUAAAUUUGAACCAGAAAGUAUUCUUAAAUUUAUUCAAGAAGAAAAAAUUACUAAUGUUAAUUGUGCCCCAUCAGGUAUUUUAGCACUUAUUCAUCAUCCUAGUUUUAGUACAGAAAAAGUAAAAAGUGUUGAACAUGUUAUUAUGGGAGGUGCAGUUGUUAGUGAUGCUUUAAUGAAUGAAGCACAAAAUAAAAUGGGUCUUCUUGAUUGUAAAUCUGGUUAUGGUAUGACAGAAACAUGUGGUGUAAUGUAUACAAUGACUACUACAGUUGGACAACUUCAACCACAUUAUGAAUUAAGAAUUGUUGACCAUAUAACUCGUAAAAUUACACCAGUUGGAGUUCCAGGAGAGAUUGAAGUUAAUACUAAAAUUAUGAUGUCUGGUUAUUUAAAUAAUGAGAAAGCAAAUAAAGAAUCUUACACUGAAGAUGGAUGGUUUAAGACUGGUGAUGAAGGUAAUUUAGAUAAGUAUGGAAGAUUAAUCAUUACUGGAAGAGUUAAAGAUAUGAUUAUUCGAGGUGGUCAUAAUGUAUUCCCAUCAGAAAUUGUUGACACUCUUCAAACACAUCCUAAUGUUGUUUUAUCUGGUUGUGUAUCUGUUCCAGAUAGAGCACAAGGAGAACUUAUUGUUGCAUUUGUUACAUUAAAAAAAGAAACAAAAGAAAGUGAAUUAAAAGAGUAUUGUAGACAACGAUUAGUAUCAUUUGCAGUACCAACACAUAUUUUUAUAAUAGAAAAGAUGCCAUUAAAUAGUUUUGGUAAAGUAUAUAAUCCUGAACUCAGAAAGAUGGCUGCAGAAAAAAUUAAAAUGUAUUGGCAAAAUAAAUGCGAAAAUAAUCCAUGUCCUCCAUCUACUGAAGCUGGUCAUGCCAUUGCUUCUUUAUGGUCAGAAUGGUUUGAAAUUCCACAAAAAGCUAUUUCUAAAGAGAUGAAUUUCUUUGACAUUGGAGGAGAUUCAUUAGUUGGUAGUCAGACCGUAGGAUUAAUUAGAAGAUUUGUUUCAGACGCACCAUUUGAUUUAUUAACUAAAUGUCCAACAAUAGGCCUUUUAGAAGAAUAUGUAUUAAAUCCAAAACUUGACCUUAUUCAUCCACAAUUUAAGAAAGAUAUUGAAGAUAUUCAAAAUCUUAAAAUCGAACCAAUUCAAAUUGAACCAAAUCAAAAGAAAGUUGCUUUCUUAACUGGUUCUAAUGGAUUCCUUGGAGUUCAUUUAAUUCAAGCACUUCAAAAGAAAGGAUAUCAUGUUCUUUGUUUAGUUAGAUCAUUAACAGUUAAAUUUGUUACCAAAGCUAAAGUUCCAUUUAUUUAUGUAUCAUCUAUUGGAGUAGCUGCUUGUGUUGGAGGUAAAGAAAUAAUACCAGAUAGUACUAUUUUACCAUUUAAAGCAAAUGGAUAUAUUCAAACUAAAUGGAUGAACGAACUUUACUUAAAUAAACUAAGAAGCUUUGGAUAUAAAAUUGGCAUUUUAAGACCAGCUUUUAUUUCUGGCAAUUCUGUGUCUGGUUGUUCUAAUACCGAUGACUUUAUUUGGAAAUUAGUACGUUUACUUGUAAAUAAUGGACUUUCUCCAAAUGAGCAAAAAAUGAUUCUCACCCCAGUUGAUUUAGUUGCUAAUGCAUUCGUUGAGUCUGUUAAUAGUCUUCCUAUUGCAGCUAAUUUAAUGCCACUACAUCCAGCUGAUAUUAGUUAUGUCUGUGACCUUGUUGCUAAACAAAUGAAUAAAACUAUUGAACAUAAACCAAUGAACGAAAUUAAAGAACAACUUAUUUCAUUAGCACAGAGUGGAAAUAAAGAAGUGUUGUCAUUACUUCCAUCUAUGCAAAUGAGUGGAUCAUUAGACAUUGAAUACGAAUGGGUUAAAGAGCAAUCUCUUGACCUUUCAGAGACACAACAAUCUUUAGAUAACUCUAUCACCUAUCUAUUUAAGACUGGUUUCUUUGGAGAAGAAUUUAGUGAUGGAAAAACGAAAGCAUUUGGACGAUCUCAUUGA